AUGACCAGCUGGAACUACACACUGGUGACCUAUUUCCAAUUUUUACCUUUCUCCAGCAUCCCAGAGGUCCAAGCCUCUCUCUUUUGUCUGGUAUUGUUCAUGUACCUCAGUACUUUGGUGGGAAACUUCCUCAUCAUUAUGAUCACUAUGGUAGAUGCUACCUUCUGCUCCCCCAUGUAUUUUUUCCUCAAGAACUUGUCCUUCCUGGAGAUUGGCUACACUACAUCUACAAUUCCCAAGAUGCUGGUGAACUUCCUCACAAAAAGGAAGGGCAUAUCAUUUCUGGGCUGUGCCACACAGAUGUACAUGUUCACCCUCUUUGGGAUCACAGAAUGUUGUCUGCUGGCUGCCAUGGCCUAUGAUCGCUAUGUUGCCAUAUGCCAUCCCCUGCACUACACGACCAUGAUGAGCUGGGAUAAGUGCUUCCUGCUAGCAGUUGUAUCUUGGCUUACUGGGUUCUUGGUGGCCUUAGGGCAGACAACAUUCAUCUUUACCCUUCCAUAUUGUGGGCCCAACAAGAUCAAUCACUUCUUCUGUGACCUGCCACCCCUGCUGAAAUUGGCUUGUGUGGAUACCUACAACAAUGAAAUCACCAUCUACAUAGUAGCUGUCCUCUUCAUCAUGGCCCCUUUCUUAUUCAUAGCUGUGUCCUAUGUAAAGAUACUUCACACCAUCUUCCAGAUGCCAUCAGCUGGGGACAAGAGAAAAACGUUCUCUACUUGCUCAUCUCAUCUGGUCGUGGUCACUCUGUUUUAUGGAUCUGGCAUUGUGACUUACUUGAGACCCAAAGCUUCUUAUUCCAGCAGCAGAAACAAAUUGCUUUCUCUCUUUUACACACUGAUGUCUCCAAUGAUGAACCCCUUGAUUUACAGUUUGAGGAACAAAGAGAUUUCUGUUGCAGUAAGAGAGAAACUAUCACUAGACAUCCCCAUUGCUGCACAUUUUGUGUGUGAGAAGUCAAAAUUAUAA